GUCAAACAUGGUCUGCUCAACUUGCACACUGAGCACCCACUGUUGGUACCUUAGUUGCUCCUGCACCCUUGUCUUCUCCUGCCCCAGAUCACCUGGCUGAACAAGCAAAGAGGGGGAAAGAUUUGUCCAGUCUACCAGAUGAUCAGCUGCACUUAGAACUUUCAAAACAGGCUCUGACUAUGACUGUACUUCUCCUGCAGCAACUCUGUGACUGGGUAGGAUUGUGGCCAUGUCUUGGAAAUAAGUUCCAUUAAAUCAAUGUAUUUAGGAUUGGAAGCUUUUCCAAGAUUAUUGCUAGCAGUAUUUUAAAAGCUGUGGAUUACACAGGACCAAUCUGUCUGAGGAACUGUCACCUUUCUACUGCUUUAUCUUUUUACUACCAGCUUCUACUGGUUGAGAUUGCUGACCCUCCAACCGCUGAUGAGAAGCAGGAAUCCAGGAUACCAAAUCUCCUCCCCAGAACAUUGAAGGUUUUUCUGCAGUUUCUGGUGAGAAGAUGCUGGUGUGUGCUUAACUUUGCUAUCUGGCUACUCUGACCCUCUUUUGUCAUCAGGCUUGUCUUCUCACCUUCAGUGGAGGAGUGGGACAGAGAUAGUCAUGGACAGCAGGAGGACAGAAUCAAAUUUGAACCAAGCUUCCUGCAAAGCUCCAAAAAGGGAGAGCUCUGUGCCUUGAUAUUCCUUGAGUAAAAUGCCUCACAAUCAUCCCAGGAAGCCGAGUCCAAUCCCAGAGGUGACGUGGGACCCUGGGCUGAAGGAAAUGAAUGAGACCUGGAAAAGAGCUCUUGCCUGCCUUGGGGUAACUGUGUUUUUUGUGAUGACCAUUGGGAUUAUUUACUGGCAAGUGGUGGAUCAGCCAAACAAGAAUUGGAUCCUGAGAGGGAAUGCCAGUGGUCUUAUCUGGGAAAGAAAAGCUCACUCCCUCAUCCUGCAGACUUUGAGUGAGGAGAAAACUUUGCUGGAGAUUCACAUGGGAAGCCUCUCCGAUGUGGAGGUACCUUUCAUGAAGAACCUGUGUUGGUUAAACAAGACAGAAUUCUGUUACACCUGGGAAGCUACAGCAGACCUGAAGAUCUCCUUGGAACCCAGCUUUUCUUCCAACACUGAGUGCUACAGCGUCAGUUGGACCCCUCUGCGUUGCCAGGUUAAAUUCAAGGACUGCUUUUCCAUGGUAAAUAUUUCCUGGUAUGGAGGAGCAAGUGUCAGCAGCCAGCAUUGGCCUCUGAACAAUGCAAACAUCAAGUCCCAACCAUUCAUUGUCAGCAGCCUUGCCAAAACCCCAGCGGCCUAUGGCUCUGUCUUAGAAAGAUAUUUUUUGGGAUCAACUGGGGUGACAGUGAUGAUUGCCUCAGAUAUAUCCAUCUCCCUCUCAGUCGAGAAGAACAAACAUUUUUGCCUUGAGAGUACUGUUGGCAUUGACAUGGCAUCCCUGCAGUACACAGUGUGUGUCAGUCAAAACAUCACAUCUGCUCAUCAGGAAGUGGGAAGCCAGCUUUCAGGACAACAGCGGAGGCUGCCAGAUACUGACAUACUAAGGUUGCCUGUCUGGGGCUAUUACGGAACAGCAGAUUCUGCUGCCAAAAUGGAGCGAGGAUUAAGAUCUUUCUUCAAUAGACUGCAAAGACAUCACCUCGGAGAGGGGCUAAUCACUCUCAAUGAACAUUCCACACUGCUACUUGGUAAUAUGGACCACGCAUAUUUACCUGUGCUGAGAAGAAAAAGGCUGCAUACUGUAAGACUUGCCAUGGACUACCCACUUAUAAAGCAUCUCAAACUUUCCAUAACUCUGUCCCCUUAUGCAAGCAUCAACUCCCAACUUUUUCAGAUGUCUCUGCAAGAAGGCAAAGAAGACUUCUGGCUGAGCCGCCACUCUGAAUCUGGUGACUACUCGGUGCCGCUGCUCACCAGAUGGAAAGGGGAGUUUUCUGCCCGGCUAAAUGUAACCAGCCAGGCUGCAGUGCUCUGGUACAUGGACCGAGUGAGCCUCUUGAGGCAGCAUCUGGGAGCAGAGUAUGUGAUUUUUGAAGGUGGGGAAGGCAACUUGUUUAUGGAGCAAGCAAUCCCACCCCCCACGGAAUUUGGAGGGGAUAAGUACAUUCGCACUUUAGCCUCGAUGGCAGCUAUACUAGGAAAUUCAUCCAUAAUGAGUGCUGCAACAAGAGCUAGCCACCUGCCACUCUUUCUCCAAAUGAACCCACGCCGGUCUGACUGGAGCUAUGCUGGUUUAAAAGGGAUUAUUCCAUCUGUGCUUCACUACAGUCUUCUUGGUUAUAACUUUUUUAUUCCAGAUGCAAUAGGAGGAAGUCUUGCAAAUGAAUUUGUGAUUGAUGAAGAGCUGUAUAUUAGGUGGUUACAGAUUGUGACUUUCCUUCCUGUGAUGUCUUUCCGCAUUCCACCGUGGGUCUGUUGUGAGGACUGGGUGCUGAAUCUCACCAGGCGCUAUAUUCAGAGGCAUCAGCAUUUUGUGGUGCCUCUCAUUGAAAAAUACAGCAAGGAGUGGCUCUCCAAGGGGUAUCCUAUUUUUCGACCAGUGUGGUGGCUCAGUCCAACAGAGUCAGUCACCUUUAAGAUUGAUGAUGAAUUUCUCAUAGGAGAUGAGGUACUUGUUGCCCCAUUAACAGAACAAGGGCAAAGUCUGAGAGAUAUUUACUUGCCCAGAGAGGGUCAGAAGUGGAUGGACACCAACACUGCGCAGGUGUUUGAUGGAGGGACCUUCAUCAGGAACUAUUCUGUCCCUCUUGUGGAUGUACCUGUUUUCAUUAAGACUUUCUAGAUUCCAAAUCUAUCCUAGAUCUCAUAUGAUUUACCUGUACCUCCAAGAAGGGAAGAGUUGCUGGCAGGAACAUCCAUGCGACUAGGAAGUUCUCUCUUCCUUUGAAAAGAGUGUUCAGCCUGGUGCACUUUUCCAGAAUCUACAUACUAAACAAAUAUUAAAAAUGUACAUUUAAAAUAGAUUUCCCCCCAUGUCUACAGUUCAAAAAUCGUAAAGUUCUGCAGGAGCUUCUGGUGGGCUGGGCUGAUGCAGCUUUGUACCUUGAACCCCCACAUGUGUCAGUACUCUUUUUCAAAGAAGUAGUUGAAAUGUCUGGUUUGCAGGGGGAAAAGUCCAACUCCCUCCAUUCCCACUUUUUUCUCCAGCCAGGAUUCUAGAUCUGUGUUUGUUAUGGAAUUCCUUGGCACAAUGCAGCCUCUCCAAGACUGACUUGAUCUUUUAUGAUUUUUUCCAU